UUUUUUCUCUCAAAAACAAGAAACGAUGCUUUCUGCCUGUAGAAAAGUGUGAUAUGUGCGUCCAGUGAUUCGAACCCGAUUCUGAACUCCCAGCGCGGUGUUUUCUCCAGCGCACCCCACGGCGGUGCAUUCGUGUGCGUGCGCGUGCAUCAUCGACCGUCCGGACCGCGACAAACAAAGAAAAGUGCUCCGAAACUGUCGAUACUCCCGCGCGCCACCGGGACUGCUCCAUUCUCCACCUAUCAGCUAGCAACAGCAGCAGCCUUCACCUUCACAUUCCCUGUGGCCCUCCGUGGCUGCUGACGAUUCCCUUGAACCCGUUCUCCGAACCCUCUAUGAUCCACCCCAACCCUUCCCGCGUGUGACGUCGGUCGCUUCUUUGUGGUGGCGCUGUGCCGUUUGCGCUAGUGCGUAGUUAGCGAGCUUACUGGAGCGCUGGUUUGGUAAAGAAAAUUCGCAAAAGGAUAAACCAACGGCAUGUGAUAAGGGGCACUGUUCGGACAGUUACUACCAGGCACUUUGUUUUCUGGCCCCGCGAAGGGAAACAGCAAGUGUGUGCGUGUGUGUGAAAAGGUUUUGUACCAUCAUCCGCGGAUAGUUAGCAGGGUGGGCCAUAGACAACAUUCCAGCGCACCGAAUCCGCUCGAACGCGCACCGGAAACACUGUACCCGGCAGCCCGGUAGCAUUUCGAACCCGACAAACGCGACCCUCGACUCGAAGGGAUGACGGCACGCAACGGAGAACGGGAGAAGGGCCCCGGCGGCAAGGAGCCGACGAACGACAAGAUGAACCACAGCCACAGUCAGCUGGCCCGGAACAGAUUCGAGAAAUCAUGCAUGAUACCGGAUGACGAGAUCUCACGGAAACUACCAAAGGAAAUUUUGCUUCGCAUUUUAUCUUACCUCGACGUAACCUCCUUAUGCCGCUGUGGACAGGUGUCUCGAUACUGGAACAUGCUCGCCCUAGAUGGAUCCAACUGGCAAAAGAUUGACCUGUUCGAUUUCCAGCGUGAUAUUGAGGGCCCAGUAAUCGAGAACAUCUCGCUGCGGUGCGGCGGGUUCCUCAAGUAUUUGCGGCUGCGCGGCUGCCAGUCCGUCGGCAGCCAGUCGAUCCGCACGCUCGCCCAACACUGCCAUAACAUCGAACACCUCGAUCUGUCCGAGUGCAAGAAGAUCAGCGACGUUGCCAUACAGCCGCUCAGCAGGCACUGCUCCAAGCUGACCGCUAUCAACCUGGAGUCGUGCUCGCAGAUUUCCGACAGCAGCCUUAAGGCACUCUCCGACGGGUGUCCGAAUUUAACGGAAAUCAACGUAUCCUGGUGCAAUCUGAUAACGGAGAACGGCGUGGAGGCUCUGGCGAGGGGAUGCAAUAAAAUUAAAAAGUUUAGCAGUAAAGGAUGUAAACAGGUGAACGAUAGAGCCGUUAUCGCGCUAGCCCUCUACUGUCCCGGCAUCGAGGUUCUAAAUCUACAUAGUUGUGAUAGCAUAACGGAUGCAUCGAUAUCGAGGAUCGCGGAGAAGUGCUGCAAUCUGAAGCAGCUGUGCGUUUCCAAGUGCACGGAGCUUACCGACCAGUCCCUGCUUGCCCUGUCCAUGAAUAAUCACUAUCUCAACACGCUCGAGGUGGCCGGCUGUGCGCACUUUUCGGACAACGGCUUCACGGCGCUGGCAAAGAACUGUAAAUAUUUGGAGCGUAUGGAUCUGGAGGAGUGCAGCCAAAUCACCGAUGCCACCCUAGGGCAUUUGGCCAUGGGAUGUCCUAGUCUGGAGAAACUGACUUUAUCGCACUGUGAACUGAUAACGGACGAAGGCAUCCGGCAGCUAGCCGGGGGAGGAUGCGCCGCGGAAAGCUUAUCCGUCCUCGAGCUGGACAACUGUCCGCUGAUCACCGACGCCACUCUGGAACAUCUGAUAUCCUGUCACAACCUUCAGCGGAUAGAGCUGUACGACUGCCAACUUAUCUCUAGGAACGCUAUUCGCCGUUUACGGAAUCAUCUUCCCAACAUAAAGGUACACGCUUACUUCGCCCCGGUCACACCGCCACCGACGACGAACGGACCGCGCCCAAGGUACUGCCGGUGUUGCGAGAUUCUCUGAGAUCAGGCGAUUGGCUUAGCCAGAAAAGUGCUCUGUAGGAGUAGAGACGACUGAUAUUUAUACUUGUAACCUUAGCCUACAUACACUCAACACACAUACACACACACUCACACAAACACACACACACAAGUACAUACCGUCAGACUCAAACCCAUCCCAAUCAAAGGAUCAGAAUAAUCAUAAUCGUUUAUGAUCCAUUUCGAUAGCAUCGCGAUUUUGAGAAUGAACGAAAGGAACACGAUGCUCAAUAAGUACAUUUUUUCUAAAGGGAACAUUGCUGGACAAACACUAAAUAAUAAUAAUAAUAAUACUACUACUAUCUACUCAGUCGCAUACAAGCGGCAAACUAUGGUUAGAAAGCGCGAGGGGAGACAACGUCAGCGAAAUGCUGACAUUUAAGUGUGAACCCGGACCAUCGGACUACAGUGAGCAUGUUUAGGACACACUGCAACCCCAAAGAUGGUCCAUCGUAAGCAUGCACACGGGUUGCGUGAUAAGUGUGAGGGAUAAGAUAUUUUCUACAUAGGUUCAUUUUAAAAAUAUCAAUCAUCAUCACGCGUUUGAAGCUUUGUAGCACGGACACACGGUAUAUGUGUAGCAUAUAAUAAAGUUUAGAGGCAGGUAGAGUACAUCAAUUGCGUGUGGCCGCUUUAGUGCAUUCUUCUUGUCAAUGCACCUGCGCUUGACAAGACCGAUCGGAUGGUCACCCCCGGGGGGGCCAACCCGUCUGACUCCAAGGGUGUCCGGUACGCUUUGCCUAAAAUAUGUGACUGAAUUUGACUACGAAAUAAGUCAAGUAAUAAGUGUUGAAAAUGGGACCGAGGUGAUACGCGUGGGAUAAUAAAGAUGGUCAGAACUAGGAGCAAAACGAUUCUAAUCUCACGUACUUUUUUUUAUCACCAUUCCCCACUAGGUCCGCGUAACAGCGCACUAACUUGUGGGACGAGUUGUGGGAGAUCGAAUUCCCAAAAGGUUGGAUUCGAAUAUGGGGAUCGUGAAAUCGAACACUGGAAGCUUCACCAAAUAGAUUAAAAAAAAAAAUUACUGUAAUUGUCUAACUUGUCGCGACGCGUGAGAAAAAUUAGAAAAAGAAAAAUAACCUCUGCAUCGGCAGCAAAAGCAUAAUGUGUUCAUUUGAUGUAGACGGGAGUAAAGCUCGACAUUUCCACUCCCCCUUUGCAAUAACAGCAAAGAAAAGGGUAGACCAUAAUCAGGAAAUCUAAUAGGACAACAAUACAAUACGGAUACCCGUUCUGGUGAUCGUCGUAGAUCAGAGAGAAGCAUUUUUGUCAAGUUCAAUCACCAACAACUAAAACCCCACAAUAAAAUCAAACGAAUGGCGGGAAACCUUUCAGGACACACACGAUUGGGUUGGGUGGUACGAACAAAUAUUUCUUACCGGAAACUUGUGCAUCUAAUGUAAGUGGACUUAGAUUAACCAAAAUCACUGUAAAGUUAAAAAAAUAGUAUCAUAGCGAAAUGCUCACACACAAUCGAAAAAUGGAUAGGAAACGUGUAAAAGGGUUGCGCUGGUCUAAACGUAUAUUUGCAUAAGCUUUUGGUAUAUAUUGCUGCAAGCCACUCUGUUAUCCAAGGGUGGGUGCUACCUUGGCGAGCUGGUACGAACAGGACACGCGAGAGCUGAUGUAUCUCGAAUACCGAACAGAAGUACUGACUAUCCACGUACAAGUAGGAAAGCUUAGUAAGCCAUGGACUGACGUGGUCUCAAACGUAGCGCUUGUUACGCCAAAGAAGAAAAGAAUAAAUGUCCAAGCAUGCUGUGAAAAAGGCAUACAGCAGUGAUACAACUUGAAAUUCGUGCACCUUCUACGGCUACGUGCAUUUUCCAUCGUCAUUUUGCACAAUUACUUUAAACAUCGUUGAAAGCAAUCCCUUAUUUUACUUUUGCCAAAUUUUUCCCUCAUUUUUAUUUUUGUUAAACAGUUGUUCCUUGCGAAGCAAAUGGCAUUUGUUUUGGCUUGCUCUGUACUGACUUUUGUGGUAUAGUGUACGGUUCUUCUCUAAUCGGCCUAUAUUGAUUGAGAAAUUAGAUGGAUAAAGUCAAACGGCGUAGCCUUUCUGCUUCAAGUUGUUGUUACUUCGCUGUGCAGUUUUUUUUAUCUAAUAAUAGGUGGUGUAGAAGAAUCAUUGGUUUAAAUCUUUUCACUAAAAAAAAACAUUUCAGCUUGCACAGACAUUGACCACUACGAAGGAAAGAUAUUUUUACUGUAGCGUAGAAGGAGUACGAAAACUAACUUGUGUCGCUCUAACUUUGCUCGUGGACACACCGUUGGCUGAAGAACUAUAACGGCUUCGGACCACUGAAUGUAACAAUCACAUUGUGAAAGACGCACCUAGUGUCGGAUUUUUAAAAUGAUCGAUGUAUAGUCUUCGAUGUGUGUGCAGCUUGUCGUAGCGAUACACUAUCCGGGAUGUUCGCUGCACGCGGUUAGCUAUCCUUCGUAGUUUCGUUUUCUCAUCGCCACCGAACCACUUCUUGGUUGAUGGGCUGUAAUACGCGUGAUCGGUAGAAGUCAUAAGAAAAUGGCAGCCAUUAGGUAAGUAAAAGCAAAUGCACCCUUAAGGCAAGCGAAAGCAAAACGCUAGUAUGUCGAGCUAAGAUGUGCGUUUGAACGGAAACGUAAAACGGCAGACGACAUGGCUUUGGUAGAGGAGGUGGUUACACACAGUAUCACUUUCUGUUCCCACCACACCAUGCGCCUUUUUGGGAUGUUGGAAGCACGGAAACGAUUUUACAUGCAGUAACGUUGAUCGACUGUUCGGGGUGGUAGGAGCUAAAUUUGAUUGUGAUUUAUACAUGAACAAUAUUUUAUACUUAUACAUAUAUAAGCGCAAAGCAGAAAAGGUAUACGGCGGAGGCGAUAGGAAGGUUGGAUGUAUAGUUUUUUGGCGUCCUGGUAUUGGCAGAAACAUAAGAAAUUAAUAAAAUAAUUAUAACGACACACAUGCAGCCGCCAUGAAGCAGUUGUCCGAGUGCAUUGGACAAGCAUUUAGUUUCGCCAAACCGGCGUCAUAUUUUAUCAUCCCCCCUUUUUUGCGUUUCGAAUGUGUUGUCCGCUUUAGCAACAAAUAAAAUUUUUCUUCCGAUAACUGCGAAGAACACACAAUUUUGUUUUACAACGGCGUUCCACAAUGAGGAAAACGGUAUAAGCGCCUCUAACACGCGUACUUUGCGUCCGUGUUUAGUACGAUUUUCUCCUUGUCAUCAGAAAGUUUCUUAAUUCGUCUGAAGGAUAACCAGAAACAAUUCGGCCUUACGAUGCCAUUUUACUUUCCGUUGUAGCGUCCAGGGUAUCCACUAAGAUUCAUAUAUGUCAUAAUCGCCAUGAUAGAAUAGGGCCAAGGGUGGGAAAAGGUGCAGAGCGCCCUGGGGUGCAUUGUGGA